GGAAGCCGCGAGUCUCCAUGGCGGCGGCCGCGGCGGGACCGGUGUUCUGGCGGCGGCUGCUGGGCCUCCUGCCUGGCCGGCCCGGGCUGGCCGCGCUCCUGGGGCGCCUGUCGGACCGCUUCGGCCGGAACCGGGACCGCCGGCGCCGGAGGUCACCAUGGCUGCUGUUGGCUCCUCUGCUGUCCCCCACUGUCCCCCAGGUCACCUCCCCGCCCUGCGGCCUGUGCCCGGAGGGCGGGCACCGGUUCCAGUGGAUCCGGAACCUGGUCCCCGAGUUCGGCGUCUGCAGCUCCCACGUCAGGGUGCUCUCCGCCCCCACCGAGUUUUUUGAGCUCAUGAAGGGGCAGAUCCAAGCAGCCAAGAGGCGGGUCGUGAUGGCGUCUCUCUACCUGGGGACAGGCCCUUUGGAACAGGAACUGGUGGACUGUCUGGAGAGCACGCUGGAAAAGUCACUCCAAGCGAAGUGUCCUUCCGACCUCAAGGUGUCCAUUCUCCUGGACUUCAUGCGGGGUUCCAGAGGCAGGAAGAACUCCCGCACGAUGCUGCUCCCGCUCCUGCAGCGGUUUCCGGAGCAGGUCCGCGUCUCCCUCUUCCACACCCCGAACCUCCGCGGGCUGCUCCGGCUCCUGAUGCCCGAGCGCUUCAACGAGACCAUCGGCCUGCAGCACAUCAAGGUGUACCUCUUCGACGACAACGUCAUCCUGAGCGGCGCCAACCUGAGUGACUCCUACUUCACCAACCGCCAGGACCGCUACGUGUUCUUGCAGGACUGUCCCGACGUCGCGGACUUCUUCACGGAGCUGGUGGACGCCGUGGGCGACGUGUCCCUGCAGCUGCAGGGCGACGACACCGUGCAGGUGGUGGAGGGCAUGGUGCAUCCUUACAAAGGUGACCGGGCUGCGUACUGCGAGGCCGCCAACGCACGGGUCAUGGGUGUCAUCAACGCGGCCCGGACCCGCCAGCAGAUGCUGCACGCACAGACCUUCCACAGCGACUCCCUCGGGCCCCGGGAGGACGCCGCGGCCGCUGGCGACCGCAGGCCAGCGCCAGACACGUGGAUCUACCCGCUGGUCCAGAUGAAGCCCUUUGAGAUCCGGAUCGACGAGGCGGUCACCGCGGCCCUGCUGACGGAGGCCGAGUGCGGGGCCAGGGUCUACCUCACCACCGGCUACUUCAACCUGACUCAGGCCUACAUGGACCUGGUCCUGGGCACGCGGGCCGAGUACCAGAUCCUGCUGUCCUCUCCGGAGAUGAACGGCUUCUUCGGGGCCAAGGGGGUGGCGGGCGCCAUCCCGGUCGCCUACGUGCACAUCGAGCGGCAGUUCUACCAGGAGGUGUGCAGUCUGGGGCAGCAGGAGCGGGGGCAGCUGCAGGAGUACUGGCGGGCGGGAGGGACCUUCCACGCCCAAAAGAAACAG